AUGGAGACGCGUCUCCUGUUUUGCCCAAAACGAAUCCCUUCUAUUUCACGACACAAUCUCUUUUUCCCUCUCAACCAUCAUCGACGCCUCUUGUCUACCCCAAAUAUUUUGCAUCUUCGAUCACCUCUAUCGUCGCCGUCGCCUGUGUCGCCUUCGUCUCCAUCUCCAGUUGCAUCGCCUGUAGAUUUGCCCUUGAUAUUUCAACCCCACUUUCCCUCUUGUCUUUCAAUACACACGACGAUCCCUCACCCACUCCAUCUCCGAUCUAGAAUUAGUCGGCUGUCUCUUCCGCCAUCAGCAGGCCAUCGCCUCCGCCAAUACCACCAUUGUCACCAGAAGCAAAGCCCUCUAGGUCCCUCAUCAACAACACAACUCUUGAUAAAGUCAAAAGGUUAUAGCUUGGUGGUUGAGGAAGGAGAUGUUGCCCCUGGUCAUGUAAUUGGUUUUGGAGGUGGAUUUCAUAGUUGUUGUUAUUGUCUAUUUGCAAUAGAAAAGCAUGCUACUGAUGGGCUUGGAACUAUUGACUAUAAGGUUGUUGUUGGAGGAGGAAUGGUGGUGAACAUGUUGCAAAUGUUUUCUCUCUUAACUUGUUCUUUGGUUGUCAUUUCCAAUUAA